AUACAAUUCUCUUUGGCAUUAUCAUGUCUCCUUGUUCAUUUACUGUAAUUAUUAUAGCCAACAUAUCGUAAACUGGUGUAUAAAACAAGUAAUUUAUUACUUUAAAAUGACUGAAACAGAUGCUACGAAGAGACCGCUAACAAUGCCCGAGAGUUUUGUACCGUACCUCGAAAAAUACAGAAUUUACAAAAUAUUCAAAGAUAUGGUGAAAGACCUAGUCGUUAAUUUACCGAAAGAUCAUCUGAAGCACAUGAAGGUGUAUGUCGGCCGCCAACUACAUUGCUCUAAAGAUAUCGACAGGGUCAUUUUACUUGUUUCUCCCCAGUUGAAAUGGAUUGAUAUUAAAGAUCUCGCUAAGCAGAUGAUCAAAGACCUCGGAUUUUUCGUCAUCACCCGUAGAGUGGUGAUGGAUCGCUACGAGAAGCACGACGAGUACGUGCCGGGCUGCGUGUCGCCGGUGCUGAUGUCGCAAGUCACCAAGAUGCUGACAGAGAAGGAACCCGUUGCACAGGCCGGUUGGCUCAUGUUUGAUCACCCGUGCACGGUGCGCGAGGCGCGCUGCCUGCAACAGGACGGUGUGCUGCCGACGGUGACGCUGGUGCUGAUGCCGACGCCGGCGCCCGAGCAGCCCGCGCACAACGCACGCACUCGCGCCAGGAAUUUCUUCCAGCAGGACUUCGAAGGGCUCAAGUUUGCUUAUAAGGCUACCUUGAAG